AUGUCCUCGCUUGUCUCCCCGAUGACAGGAUUUGCUGAAAAUAACCCGCCGCCCGUCAAGAGAAAAAGAGGACGGCCACCAAAGGCCAACAAGCUCGGAGAUGCGUUUCCCACUCUCACGCUUCAGUUUGAAACCUCGCCUUCCAGUGGAAGCCCUACUGCAGAAUUGAACUCGAGCAUGACUGUGAAAAUGGGCGAGCCCGACACGUUUACUCCUCUCAUGAAAGUUCUGCCCACAUACCAUCUGGCCCGGCGGAAGAGAUCCCGAAGAUGCUCAAACGAUCUGCCCACACGGAGAGAACGGCCCGAGACGGAAAUUCCUACUCCGUUGUCAUCAACAUCGAGCCAUCGAAGACUGAGUUACCAGUUUGAUCUGCUGGUGAUGGAUAAGAUGUUUUCUCUUACCCAUGAAGGUAAAGUGGGGGAAACGAUUGAGCAUAAAAUGGACAGAAUGGAUACCAGAAUGGAUGCUCGAAUGGAAGCACGAGAUAUUUCUGCCAGAGCAUCUGCUAAGUUGGGGCUUACAGGCUCCGGCAGCAACCACUAUGACAAGUCACUCCAAAAUCCAGGAGCGCCCACCCCUUCGGGCCUCAAAGGUUCAAUGGGGUUAAAUGCGCUGGGAUACCCGAGCCCAAUGGGGACUUUGAACACCACUGGUGUCUGGAACUCAACGGGAGCUUCGAAGCCCAUAGAGCCAGUGCAUUCGGGAGCCGGAGGUUCUGCCAGCCACAAUGCAUGCAAAGGAGGAAGGAUUGAGAACAGCGCUAGUACUUCUCGUACCACACACCAUUCUGCUACCAAUGCUAAACUUCAGUCUGCUCCUCAGUUGGACGCAGGUUUCCAAGGAAGCCGCAAAGAGCGAAUGCAAUUUGUGGAGGAUGAUCUAUUCACGUUUAAGCUUGUGGUGAAUUCACUGGGGCGAGCAGAACUUUCCAAGAGAAAAGAGCCCGGCGAAGACUACGCGGAAGAAACGAUCCCUGAAAAACCGGUGCAAGAGUAUCAACCUAGUGGAAGUAUGUCCGCUAACGACGGUCUGUUGCAGAAGGAGAAGCCGAGCAGUAUAUCAAACGAGAGCCAGUUUCCAAGUUACCAAAGUGGGAUUCUGUCUAGAGGGAACUUGCCCGAAAAACCACCGCUUGUACACCACAAUACAGCAAUAGGAAUUGAGGGCCAGCUCCUUGCUCGAGAAGAGAGCAUGCAAAUGUCUACAGCGGGCUCUGUGGGCGAAAAUAUGGAUGAUGGCGAAAAGCAUGUUGUUCCGCAGACACCAAAAGGCCGGGACGAUUUUUUGGUUGGAUUUACACCCAAAUAUGAGGAGGGGUCCUUGUUUAAAUUGACACCACAAUUCAACACAAUGAUGUACUCCAUGAUGAAUCUAAACUCGCCACAACCGAGCAGGGGCGACGCACAGCCGUUUUUGAGCCCUAAUCAUGAGAUGGACUCGCAGGCUCGAGCCAUAGCCAUGGACUCUAGCAUUGAUACCGAAAAGUUGUUGGACCCGUCCGGACAUGAAAAUUUGGCGGACCAGUUUCUUUCCAAAGACGAUGGCGACGCACGAAACGCACUCAAGAAAAUCUUGAAGUUACACUAA